UUAUUAUUUAUUCAGUUUGAAAAGGACGCAAAUCUUUCACUGCACUAUCACAAACCAUUGGUAAAGUUGAGCAAGACCAACAGCCAAUACGAUGUCGUCUACUUUCACAGACUCGUUCGAUCAGUUGGAGGGGGACUCGCCGGCGGCCGUUAAGACUCGCUCGUUCGACGACGGUUAUUUUGCUUCUGAGUCGUUUUCCAAUUUUGAUUCUACUGUCGACGAUUCUGUUCCGCCGAUCUACGUCUCCGGCGAAGAUUUCCCCUCCGAUCCGGCGGAUUUCUCGUCGGUUACUAAUGAUAACGGCCCGUUUCUUCCGCCGCCGUCGGAGAUGGAACCCGAGGAGGGUUAUGCGCUCCGAGAAUGGAGAAGACGGAAUGCAAUUCGGAUAGAGGAGAAGGAGAAGAGAGAGAAAGAACUGUUGAGCCAAAUCCUUAUUGAAGCUGAUGAGUACAAAGUUGAAUAUCACAGAAAGAGUCAAAUCGCUUGUGAAACCAACAUAGCUACCAACCGGGAAAGGGAGAAGGUAUUUGUUGCUGGACACGAGAAGUUCCAUGCUGAAGCUGACAAGGAUUACUGGAAAUCGAUAGCAGACCUAAUUCCUAAAGAAGUCCCUGUACUAGAGAAGAGAAAAGGUAAGAAAGACCAGGAGAAGAAAGCUUCUGUAGUUGCGGUUCAAGGGCCUAAACCUGGAAAACCGACUGAUUUAGCCAGGAUGAGAAAUGUACUCAUUCGGCUAAAGUCUAACACCCCACCCCACCUCAAGUUUUCUCCUCCGCCAGCGGCACCAGAUGCUAAAGCUGAUGCGCCAAAGUCUCCCAAUGUGGUAGUCUCUGCCGAAGCUGUAGCUGUUGCGUAAUAUGGGUUGCUUUUAUUUUUAUUUUAUAUUUUAUAUGUAAUAGAGAUGUGUAAACGUGGUACAAUUAGACUUAAAAACGAGAUUAUGUUAUUUAAUUUCGGAUGGCAGUUUUAGUUUUAAACGCGCUUUGAAAUGUGUUACAUCUUUAGUGUUAAUCACUACU